AGUGUCGUGAAGUAUCAAUCACACUAGACUGGUGUAUGUGGUGUUGUGUUACGCACAUGCUGCUCCGCUUUAGGAAGGCAGCAAAUAGGAACUAGCAGCCAUGCUGGAGCUAUGACAGUCGUGUAUUCGGCUGUUUGAAAAUCGGCUAUACUGAUGUAUUUAUGAUUCGGCCGCGGGUCUCGAAGAAGAAACGAUGGCAACGGAGGAAAAGGAGAUUCCAGUGGGGUCUCCUUGGUACGGCAAGGUUUUCGAGUGUUGGAGGAAUCGGAAUCGAGUCAGUCCCGGCAGAAUCGAGUUGCCCGACUGCGAUUUUUUUAUCGUAGCACCGCGGCGCACGCUGCGCGUUCUGAGGCCGACCCUGAAGAGCGGCUGGUAUUAUGAGACGGCGGUUGACCGGCCGGAGUCGGUCAACGACAAUUUCUUUAAUCGGUGGACCAGAAGACCGCAUCCGUCCGGAAAUUGCAGGUGCUCUUUCCGCCAGUCCGCCAGCGCGUUGAGCACCACCGAAGAGCAAAUAAUAUCCGCGGAAUUGAAUCACAUCCGAACAAGUCUCUGCGAGGCCGAGAAGAACGCGCGUGGAAUCGAAGAAUUGGAGCAAAGGGUCUCCGUGAAUCUGCAAAAGUUACGGGACGAUUCGGAACUUUCCGACUGCGCAAACGAAACGACGGUGUCUUCGGCAUUAAUGAUUGAUCGCCAGCCGUUCGAGCAGAGCGCCAAACAACAAAUUGUCAAGGAUUUAGAAAGGUAUAUCAAUACACUUUUGGAAGAGGUACUUGAUGAUACCGUUAAGAAUAUAACUAGUGUGGAGAAAGAUAAUGUUCAACAUUCUUGGCAGCGAACGAAAAAUAAUUUGAUAAAAUCACAGUCCGAUAAAUCCAAAGAGAAAAUUUCGAUAAAGAAAGACGGAGAUGACUCCUUUAUCGAUAAUCCUCGUCUUCUAGAAGAUAAGACGCAGGAGGAAUGGAUUACAGAAAACGAACGUAAAAAUCAAUUCGCCAGAGUUUCGAUAAGCGAGGGUUAUGUGAAUCCCGCUUUCGUUGGCUCGACUGAUAAACUAGCUUCUCUAGAUUUCGAUUGUUCUGCAAGAAAACACACAGGUUUAUACCUUGGAAUACCAACGGAAAGAAUUCCUUCGGAAAAAUUGGAUUGUGUAGAUUCUGGAAUAAAUAGCGUAGAAACCAUCGAGUUUCAAUUACCUGAUCAAGAACCCAGCUUUGAGCAGUCUCUUUUACGAAUCAUUGAUGAGAAGUUGGGAAGAGGUUCUUCAAUGAAUAACUCGGAAGAAGAUAGUCUCGAAAAAAAUUUGCAAAAAGCGGUUCCAGUAGAGGGAGAACGUGGGAUUGACUUUCAAGAGAUUGAAUUAAUUUCGUCUAAACUUGAGACAUCAUCGACAGAUCCUGAUUGGAAAGUGGAGCGACUGGAAGAUACUGCUAACGUGGAUUGUAAUUUCGAGAAACUACGCUUAGAAUUCCAAAGCAACGACAGAGAUUCAUCUCCAAAUGGCAAGACUCUAUUAAAGAUUGAUGUAAAAUUAACGGAAAGUUCUCCUAUUGAGCUCAAAGAUUACAAGAAGAAAUGGAUCGAAUUCGAUGAAAUCUCUUCGCAGGAAAAUACCAAAUUAAGUCUCCGCGAUUCGGUAACGCUUCGAAGAAAUAAAAAACCAACUAUAGUUUUUCUACACGGUUUUGGUUCCUCGGCAGAAGUCUUCGAGCAUCAAUUACGGUAUUUCUCUUCUCUCGGUUAUCCUUGCAUUGCUCCCGAUAUGCUCGGGCACGGUAUGAGCUCAGCGCCCAGACGUCCUAGAGAUUAUCAUUUCAGCAAAUUACUCAAGGAUUUGGACGCUGUUCUACACUAUUACGCUUUUAAACCUGGGGAGAAGUGCGUCUUAGUCGCACAUAAUUACGGGUGCAGUUUUGCUACAGCAUUAGCUUGUAAAUAUGAUAAUAAUAUUCAUCAACUUGUGCUAAUAUCGGGCGGUGGUCCGACUCCUCUUGCUCCACCGAGCACAGAAUGCGCGGGUCAUUGUUGUCUCAGGGCGAUUCUCGCGCCUCUGCUGAUGUGCGGUUUUCAUCGAGAUAUUCUCUAUUCCGCGCGAGGCCGACAGCAUCCUUAUUGCGGUCAAGAAUCGAUGAAACAGUGGCCUUCGCACAUGAAAUACGUAUUGAAAGGCAUGAAUUGGCCGCAGGGUGACUAUGCCUUCCACAGGAAGGUAUGCACACCAACGCUUCUAAUACAUGGACUAAGAGACAAUAAAGUGUCGUUAGUACAAGAAUGUCAAAUGGAAAGGACAAUGGUGAAGGCUUUCCUCGAAGCUAUUCCAAUGGCUGGUCAUAAUCCAAUGACAGAAUGCCCUCAACAACUGAAUCAUAUGAUACAUUGCUUUAUAGAUUUGUGGAAGAACAAAAAAUGGCAGUAGCGAUAUCCUGAUUCUAAAAAAAAAUGUCUAAAAUGCUAUAUUAUACCAAAAUUGCAUUGACUCAAGCAAUUAACAAAAACUAUUUCAAUCAAUUAAUUUAAUUAUCUCAAUCAAAUAUAAUAUUUAACUGAAAAAAGUAAGAUACAAGUCAAGAAGACUUAAUUCGAAUGAAUUAAACGAUAGGAUAAAUCAAUGAAGUUCGUGUGGCCUCGUAAAAAUGUGCCAAGUUUUGUACAGAUGUAUACAGAAGAAAAUGUAUAGAUAAAAUGAAUGCAAACGUCUCAUUUGUUUAGAUCACUUAAAAUAACUUAAUAUUUCGAAAUUUUUAAUACUCGAGGUCACGCUUACAAUGUACAUGAGCAUCAUUUGUCCUUGUUUAACAUUUGAUAAAUAAUAAGAAUGAAAUGAUUCUUAAACAUUGUAAGUGUGAAUCAGAACACCGUGACUUCAAUAUAUCAAGUAUAAGAUGUUCCAUUUUAAACUAAACUUAAAUCUAUACCUAACCUAAGAAUUCUUAAUAAAUAAAUUGUAUAUCAUGC